AUGGAGAAGACUCGGAUAUCAAUCCACAUAUCUUUGAACACCGCCCCGACCGUCGGCCGGCCGCCCCCGAUUGCGUGCUGUUCUCUGGAGCAGGGUCAGGGUUUUCAUUCCUUUCCAUUUCAACAAAGGAUGGCCGAAGUUCCCAACAUGGCAGUGACGAUUGACCAACAGAUGCCAGCAGAAGCUCCUGUCCAGGAACCUGAACCUGUACCAGAGUCUCCAAAGAGAAGGAAAAGAAAAACCAGAGCAUCAGAACCCCAGGACCCCGUGGAACCCAAACAACCUGCUGGGUCAAAAAGAUCUGGCAAGUCCACAAAGUCAAAAGAGAAGCAAGAGAAGAUUACGGACGCGUUUAAAGUGAAGAGGAAAGUGGACCGCUUCAGCGGGGUUUCCGAAGCUGAGCUGCUCACCAAGACACUGCCCGUCAUCUUCACCUUCAAUCUGGACAUUGUGAUCAUUGGCAUCAACCCAGGACUGAUGGCUGCUUACAAAGGGCACCACUACCCUGGACCUGGAAACCAUUUCUGGAAGUGUCUGUUCAUAUCAGGACUGAGUGAGGUUCAGCUGAACCACAUGGAUGACCACACCUUACCCGGGAAGUACGGCAUCGGCUUCACCAACAUGGUGGAGAGGACGACGCCAGGCAGCAAGGAUCUGUCCAGUAAGGAAUUCCGGGAAGGCGGACGAAUCCUAGUGCAGAAACUGCAGAAAUACCAGCCACGAAUAGCGGUGUUUAAUGGAAAAUGUAUUUAUAAAAUUUUCAGUAAGCGAGUUUUUGGAGUAAAGGUUAAGAACUUGGAAUUUGGACUUCAACCCCACAAGAUCCCAGACACAGAAACCCUCUGCUACAUCAUGCCGUCUUCCAGUGCCAGGUGUGCCCAGUUUCCUCGCGCCCAGAACAAGGUGCAUUACUACAUUAAGCUGAAGGACUUAAGAGACGAGCUGAAGGGCAUUGAACGGAACACGGACGUUCAGGAGGUACAGUACACGUUUGACCUGCAGCUCGCUCAAGAGGAUGCAAAGAAGAUGGCUGUUAAGGAAGAGAAGUAUGACCCGGGCUACGAAGCAGCGUACGGCAGUGCAUACAGCGGAAACCUGUGUGAUAGGGAACCCUACAGCCUUCCUUCCAAUGGGCUAACAGCCAACAGUGCGGAGCUGAGAGGAGAAGCAGCUCCUGGCGACCCUGCAAAUGGGCAGUGGGUGGCACAGCAGUGCACAGACCAGACCCCAUCGUUCAGUAACUGUGGGACACACGAGCAGGAAGGAAGCCAUGCUUGA